AUGUUUGACCUAGCUGGACAAAUAAUUGGCAACACUAUAUACGCCACCACCGCCUCACUGCCCAACGAGCCCAGCUAUACUUGUUAUUUUGACAAGGACCUUGGUACUGAUGUUGGUGAUGUAUACAGUGUUUAUUGGAUGGAAAACACAGAGUUGGCCACAAAAGACACUACACUUCAGGAACAGUUCGCCUACACCAAGAAGAAGACCACCACAUCUCACGUAAUGCAGUAUGGUGAUUUGUCCAUCGCCAAAUUGCCUAUUUCACAAUUUUUAGGCUCCAAGAAGUCAUCGAUGUCUUUAGCUGGUGCUGAGCUGACCCGUACCGUCAAUAACAAGGACUUCCCGCUAGUGAUGGCUCAACAAAGCGGUGAUUACCACAAGUUGUCUGAAUUGUCGACCGGAAGGCAAUUCCUGGACACUGUGUUCGAGGAAUACGUGAAUAGUAUUCAA